AUGUGGUAUAUGGAUGGAACAUUUAAAUCAUCACCAAAUUUAUUUACUCAACUUUACAUGAUUCAUUGCUUCAUGUCCGAUCAGAUGUUUCCUAUUUUAUACUGUUUGUUGCCUGAUAAAAAGGCAAUAACUUAUGUGAGGUUGUUUAACCUAAUAAAAGAAAUAAUUUUGAAAAAUGACAUGGAAAGUGAAGUUUCAUGGUUUUUAAUUGAUUUUGAAUCAGCAGUUGUAUCUGCAUUAAAUAUAACUUUCCCAGGAGUGACAGUUCGCGGAUGUUUUUUUCAUUUUGGGCAGGCAGUAUGGAGGAAGGUACAAAAUUUAGGUGUAACAAGUUUUUAUGACAAUCAAGAUGUGAAAAAGCUUGUUCAUCGUCUUGCUGCAUUGCCACUUGCAGACCCUAAUAGAUAUGCAGAACUUUGGGAAAAAAUUAAUCAUAGUGCACCUAAUAUUAAUGGGAUUGCAGAUUUAUUGCUAUAUUUUUAUAAUACUUGGCUCUCUCCAAAUGCCUUUUUUCCUUACCAUAUAUGGAAUCAUUUUGAAAAUGAUGGUCCCAGAACUACAAAUCAUGUUGAAGGUUGGCAUAAUGCUUUUCAUAGCGAAACGAAUAGGCGAAUAUCUCCUAACAUAUAUGAAUUUAUUAAAAGUUUAAAGCUACAUCAAGCUUAUAAUGAUGAUGAACUUGACGAAUUGGAAUCAGGUCAACCAGCUAAAAAAUAA